GAGCCGCCGCCCCCCUCCGCCCCUGCGCCGCCGGAGCGCCCCUGCGCGGAAUCCGCCGAGCUGAGCAGGCUGCUGCUGCAGGCGCUGGGUUCCGCCCUGACGCUCGAGCGCGGGGACUCAGGACGGGCGCGCGCCCUCGAGGGCGCCCUCCGGGGCGCCAUCCGGUGCGCGGCCGCCGUGGGAGACAG